UUUCGUCUCAGUCAACUUGGAAAACAUCUCGUAAAACGUCAUUUCGUGCAUAAUUCCAUGUCGUUGUUGUGUUGCUAAUUUUUCCGCGAGACAAUUGAGAAACGCUUUUAACAACAAACAUCAAGCCUGAGAGCGAAUACACACGAAACGAUUCGUCCACCCAACGUCCUCGCGCAAUUCGCCAUCUGCCUAGCAACGUCAUUUUCGCUGGGAAUUCAUAAAGAAGCACGACGUACGGCCAUUAGAUGUCAGUGUGGUUGCCGACUAAUGUCGCCUCCAUCUUGAUUCCAUAACCUGGCUUCUUCCGUAGAAUACGAAAAUCGGGAAAAUCGGCACGAGGAAAACCCUUUAAAAUUUGCAGAAGAUUCCGUAAACCAAGUUUUUUAGUCGUUCUAACUCAUAAGUUGUGCGGAAAAUUGAUUAUUUUGUGGGCGGUCGCGAGCGAAACUUUUUGGCAAGUAGGGAAAAUCCGUGUGCGAGGAAAUUUUUUCUGCACCUUUCGCGAUCGCGUUGCGGAGUGUGUGACUGAAAAGUGGUCGGCGCCCGUGUUGGACAGGCGGACUUGCAAGAAGUGCCGUGCUCGAGCGAGUGUUGCGGCGGGCGUAGCGCGAGAAAGGCGGCACGGCGGCAGCAGGGUCGGCGCAAAAAUUGACAACGGAGAACUUAUGUCUUCGGGCGUUCUGAGAAGCGAUCACAGCCAGCCCAAAAAGCAGCCAAGAUUCAGUGCCGAGCGCUUGUGAGCAGCGCCAUCGCGAGAAGACAACUGGUCGUGGGGCACCGGGGACACCGCCAGCCGGGACGACAACGCAGAGGACUCAGUUCGCAACACUUACCGCCAGUUCGGCCGGCAACUGCAGCAGACGAAAAUGACUCUUCCCAGCGCGGCCCGCGUCUACACGGACGUGAAUGCACAGAAGCCCGACGAGUACUGGGACUACGAGAACUACGUGGUGGACUGGGGCAAUCAGGACGACUACCAGCUCGUGCGCAAGCUGGGCCGGGGCAAGUACAGUGAGGUGUUCGAGGCGAUCAACAUAACGAGCAACGAAAAGUGCGUGGUGAAGAUCCUGAAGCCAGUGAAGAAGAAGAAAAUAAAGCGCGAGAUCAAGAUCCUGGAGAACCUCCGGGGCGGCACCAACAUCAUCACAUUGCUGGCGGUCGUGAAGGACCCCGUGUCGCGGACCCCGGCCCUCAUCUUCGAGCACGUCAACAACACCGACUUCAAGCAGCUCUACCAGACCCUCACCGACCUGGAGAUCCGCUACUACCUGUUUGAACUGCUCAAGGCGCUGGACUACUGCCACAGCAUGGGCAUCAUGCAUCGCGACGUGAAACCCCACAAUGUGAUGAUCGACCACGAGAACCGCAAGCUGCGCCUCAUCGACUGGGGGCUGGCCGAGUUCUACCACCCGGGACAGGAGUACAACGUGCGGGUCGCCUCGCGGUACUUCAAGGGCCCCGAGCUGCUCGUCGACUAUCAGAUGUACGACUAUUCGCUGGACAUGUGGUCGCUGGGCUGCAUGCUGGCAUCCAUGAUAUUUCGCAAGGAGCCGUUCUUUCACGGCCACGACAACUACGAUCAGCUAGUACGUAUCGCCAAGGUGCUGGGCACCGAAGAACUCUACGCCUACCUAGACAAAUAUAAUAUAGAAUUGGAUCCACGAUUCCACGACAUUCUACAGAGGCAUUCCCGCAAGCGAUGGGAGCGGUUCGUGCACUCGGACAACCAGCACUUAGUGUCGCCGGAGGCCCUAGACUUCCUUGACAAACUGCUCCGCUACGACCACGUCGAGCGGCUCACGGCGCGCGAGGCGAUGGCGCACCCGUAUUUCCUGCCGAUCGUCAACGGACAAAUGAAUAUGCUGAAUUCGUCGUCUAAAACUAGUAAUCAAUAAUAAUGAUGUAUAGAGAAAGCUAAAAAUUAAAUCCACAAUAAAAUAGUUACAACAAGAACAGCAACACGAGAACAUUCAAAACAAACUGUAAACUUUCAACCACAAUUCGCAACAUCAAACAAUGAUACGUAGUACGAGUGAACGGAGGUGCGGUGUGUCUCGAUCCUUUUCGUCCCAGCCAUCGAUUGUUCGAAAUUCCAGUGUCGCGGAGCCGUGUCGCGUGAAGUCGUGUCAAGCAAAAUUGUCCGUGGCCAGGUAGUCCUGCUAAAUUACAUUAAUCAUGUCGACGGCGCUCUGCCAGUCCCAUUCCCAAAUUGACUCCGCCGUCGCCGGCCCCAUCUCCAAAUCCACCAGCACAGCCGCAUCUCCCGGUCGCACACGCGGACACGAUCAGCCACCACCACACCACCGGGGGGAGCCCAGGACGAAAUUCUAUCGAAUAUCAUAGAAAUGUAGAUGAAAUGUUGAAAUUUUUUAUUUAAACAGAAACCCAGGAAAAAUUCACACAUUUCACGCAAAUGGAAACUGAAACAAGGAAAACAAACAAAAUUUGUAAGGAAAUAAACUUAAAAAACUGAAAAUCCAACUCGACAAGUUUUUCAUGUGUACGCCACUUCCGAAUGUGUUUUAGUGUCAGCUCUUUUCCGAGACCUUUGCGCAUAAUACACUAGAGACGUUCAAACGAACAGAAACCACUUUACAGUCUGUGACAGAACAGAGGCAGCGAUCGACCGAUUUCGUUAGAAUAGGCUUUGAGACAGGCGAAAUACUACAUUCUGGGCGCGCGCGACGCGCCGCACGCGAUUGAUUAUUAUCUAUUAUUAAAUGAACAGAAACAAAAGAACGCGUGGCCAACGACCCGCCUGUUACUCGUGCCGAGCGUGCGCAGCGCCGGGCGGCUCGCACGCAAGCUAGGCAUUAUUAGAAUUUUUACAUUUAAAUGUACUUUUAGUUUAGAUUAAAACAAGAAAUAAUACAAAAUGGAGAAAAAUAAAACAAUAAUAAAAUAUAAAAGAUAACAAAACUAUAUAUAUUAUAUAACCUAUUAAACAAAACAAGAGAAAUGAGAAAAAGAAAAAAACUGAGAAUCCACGCAAACCGCCGUUUGUGUGCUAACUUUUUUUGAUGAUUAAGUCGAGGAGCUCUACUAGGUCUAGGGCAACGCUCGCGAAGAACUUUCAUCCGCGUCCGUGUCAGCUCGGUCUCGUCCGGGGGUCCUGCACCCCCGGCAGCCUUUUCGCUUUAUGAUUGCGCUAACAGUUCCCCAGCGGAAUUGGAAUUUCGCCUGGCUUCGCUUCGGCAGGCAACCAGUUUUCUCUUUAAGUUAUGUAAGUUGUUUGAAGUUCUUGUAAAUUUUUUUUAUCAUUGAUGAGAAUCGCGCCAUCAGUGGAAUGAAGGUUUGUCGCGAGCAUUGUUGGCAAUGUAUCUAUAAUAGAAUACGGAAAUGAUAUAAACAAUAAAAGUGAAAAUUAAAAAAAAAAACAAAAGUUCGUGCAAGUGAG